AGAAAAGCAAAUACCCCUCUGUGAUUGACAUUUACACAACUGUCAGAGCUAAUCUUCACUGACUGAUAAAAACAGGCCCACAGUACAUGUCCAGCUCACGCGCCACGGGAGAGUGAAGGUGGACUGGAUUCACCAUUUCUCAGCUGCCACACACACACACACACACACGCUGGUUCAGCGGAGAGGAGGAGACGUGGAGGACGUCUCCGUCUCAGUUCUUCCAUCCAUUCAUCAGUCAGUCCGCCCAGGAACCGUUCUCCACCAGCGUCCCACGGCCAGUCUGCGCGAGACUCUCCACCGCGAGCAGUGGUCCACGGUCGCACGCGCACAAGGGAGGGAGGAGGGCAGCAGCAGCAGCAGUGGGGAAGGACGUGGAGAGAAAGACGAGCCAGUCUGACAGUGUUAUUCCCCCGGUGAUGAUGUGGAGACGCGGCGGGGCACAGAGGAGCUACGUCCGCCGCUUAACUCUCACUAUCAGCCGCUGACUGACCGCACGACUCUGACCGGUUGCUGAUCUGACGCUACUGCUUCUCAAAGCCUGAGUGGACAGGCACCUCCUCCCAGUGUGAAGACCACCAUGACCCAGGAGGGGCAGGAUCUGCCCUCUCCCACCCCACCAGAGAACCAAGCGGAGGCCAGUACAUCCACCACUGCCUCCAGUGACUCACCUACAGAGACCCACCGCUACAAGCUGGGGGUCACAGUGAAGGACGACACAGAGGAGGGGAAACUACAAGACGAGAUCAGAGAGGGCGAUGACGAGGCACAGGGGGAGACGUGUGGGGAUGGAGAGGGGAGCGCAACGGGAGGAGAGCUUGAGAUGAAAAAGGAGAGGGUAGGAGGCAGUGGAGAUGAAGCUCAACAGGCAGACGAAGGGGUGAAAGGAGAGAGUGAUGGCACAAGAGGGGAAGGAUGUAUGAAUCCAGAGGUGGAGGAGGGCGCAACACAUGUGGAGAUGAAAGAGGAAGAGGAGGGGAAAGAAAAUGAGGAGAUGCUACAAUCUACAGAGGCGAUAACACACCCUCAACCAGCUGGGCGACUGGCUAAUGGAAUAGGUGAGAAUGACGACGAGGAUGACGCUGUUGAGGAAGACGAGGAAGGUGAUGAAGGAGUUACUCAUGCACACCUGGACACUUUCAGCUCCAACUUUGAGAUGAAUGUAGAACAAGCUGAUACAGAGGUGGAGGACGAAGAGGAAGAAGAGGAGCAGACAGAGGGAGAGGGAAGAGGAAACCAGGACAGCUUCAGCUCAGCGUUUGAACAGAUUGUUGAGCAGGUUGAUGUUCAGGAGGAAGAGGAGGAGGAGGAGGAGGAGGAGGAGAGGGAAAGAAGCAAGGUGGACAACAAAGAUGGCUUCAGCUCCACAUUCGAGCGCAUCGUAGAGUCUGCCCUGCUGAGGGGCGGGACCUGCUACAGCAGCCUGGACUCUCUGGAUGUGCUUUCACUUACAGAUGAGACGGACAGUUGCGUCAGUUUUGAAGCUCCACUGACGCCGCUCAUCCAACAGAGGGCACUGUUACAGGGUCCGGAACCUUUGGAGCUGGAGCUGGAAACUGUUCAGGAGCAAGAAGGGGCUGAGGCUGGACCAGACGCCCCAGGUGCUGAUCUAAACACAGGGGAGAGCAAGGUCCCUGGAGCUGGAGCCAUGGCUGGGGGAGGAGGAGGAGGAGGAGGAGGAAGCCCGCUGAGGACCACCAUACCAGGGAGCAGGUCAGAGUUUGUACUGAGCCAGCCUGGACGCUGGGCCAUCCCUAACGGAUACCACGCAGACUCUCAGGAAGCCAUGGACAGCUGUGGAGCCAUGGUCAACUCUGUCAGUGAUGCCAACCUCACAGAUGUCCUGUCGGACUCAGAAGAGUGUGAUUUGGGCAGUCUGGAGCGUUUGGAGCGCGGCAGCACCGACACGUUGGCUAAUGGCUGCCGGGCCGACUGUGAAGCCGCCAAGAGGCUGGCCAAGCGCCUCUAUCACCUCGAGGGCUUCAAACGCUGUGAUGUGGCCAGACACCUGGGAAAGAAUAAUGAGUUCAGCCAGUUGGUGGCGUCAGAGUACCUGAAUUUCUUUGACUUCUCCGGCCUGUCGCUAGAUCGAGCCCUGAGGAACUUCUUGAAGGCCUUCCCACUAAUGGGGGAGACACAGGAGAGAGAGCGGGUGCUGGUCCACUUCUCCAGACGCUUCUGCCACUGCAACCCCCAGACGCUCACCACCUCUGAGGGUCAGAGCCACGAGGGCGGCGACGGCGAUGAAGACAACGAUGGAGCCCACACGUUAACCUGUGCUCUCAUGUUGCUCAACACCGAUCUACACGGACAUAACAUCGGGAAGAAGAUGUCUUGCCAGCAGUUUAUUAGUAAUCUCGACGGCCUCAACAAUGGCAAAGACUUUCCCAAAGACUUAUUAAAGAUUCUGUACAACUCAAUUAAGAACGAGAAGCUUGAAUGGGCAGUUGAGGAGGAGGAGCUGAGGAAGAGCUUGUCGGAGCUGGUGGAGGAGCAGUGCGAGGGCGGGAGCAAACGUGUUGCUAGGGUAACGGACGGCAGUAACCCUUUCAUCGCAAUUCCCAUUCUCUUAAACGCCAUUACCUACAAACAUGGCGUGCUGACCCGCAAGAGCCAUGCUGAUAUGGACGGCAAACGCACUCCGAGGGGUCGACGUGGUUGGAAGAAGUUCUAUGCAGUUCUGAAGGGGAUGAUCUUGUAUCUCCAGAAGGAUGAGUACAAACCCGACACGGACAUUUCGGAGGUGGACCUGAAGAACGCAGUGCGGAUCCAUCACGCUUUAGCCACCCGCGCCACUGACUACAGCAAGAGAGCCAAUGUCCUGAAGCUCAAGACGUCAGACUGGAGAGUCUUUCUGCUGCAUGCCUCGAGCGAGGAGGAGAUGAUGUCUUGGAUCUUUAGGAUAAACCUGGUGGCGGCACUGUUCUCAGCUCCAGCCUUUCCCGCUGCCAUCGGCUCCAUGAAGAACUUCUGCCGGCCCAUCCUUCCAUCUUCAUCCACCAGACUCAGCCAGGAGCAACAGCUGCUGAGUCACGAGAGCAAGCUAAAGCAGAUGAGCCUGGAGCUGGAGGAGCACCGCAAGAACCCGCCCGCAGUCGACCACAAAAGCCGCGAGUGGGAGGAGUACAGGCUCAAAGAGCACUACCUAACGUACGAGAAGACUCGGUAUGAGACGUACAUCAGCCUCCUUCAGGCUAAAAUCCGCGCUGAGACAGACGACCUUGAGAAGAUUGAGGCAAGUGUGAUGGGCAACUUGAUCAUGGAGGGAGGCCUGGCCGGCCGCGAGUGCCUCCUCCGUAAGACGCAGUCCUCUCCGUCCAUCAGCCAGGCUCACGGUGGGCUGAACGGGAGGGCCACUGAAUGCACUACCACAGGACAGAGGAGCUAAGGGGGGGAGGAAGGAGAACCAGACGCCAUGUCCCUCUGAGCCAAAGUAGCUUAAUCCUCUGACUCCUCACUGGGGACUUAAUCAGUGUUUUGUGUUUUGGGCUCAUUUAUUCCUCCUGUUGUGCUCACUGAUAGAGAGCGUGCAGCAACAGGAGAGAUGUCUGUGACUGUCUAUAGCAGCUUAUCAUAGCUCCCUACAUUGUUGCAUGCCGGUGAACUCUUUGACGGGAUGUAAACACUUCACACACCUUGGUUUGCUGUGAUUUAUUGCGGCAUCAGUGUAGCUGGUUGUACGAACAGGAUAGUAGUGUCAGUCCUGCCCCUAAAACACAGAGCGGCACGGUCAAAAACCACAACUUCACCUGAAUACCCUACUUCCUGCUUAUAUGUGAUUUCCCCUUAAUGACACCCAGUGGCAACAAUGUGGUACUACAACAAAACAAGUUUCGCAGACACAGAAAUGGCUCUAACGCUGUCCUUUUCAGAAUGUAUCCACCCCAGUGAUUAGUUAGUGUCCUUGAGCAAUAGUUGAAGAUGAAGAGACUCUGACAAGCCUCAGUUCUUUGAACUUUUUUUUGUUGUUAUUAUUAUUAUUAUUAUUAUUAUUGCACAUUAAAAUGAUCAUAACUGUGAUCUCAACCUUCAUCAGUAUUAUUUUGAAAAUGUUUUAGCUGAAACUCGAUUUUGGUGAUGAGGAGUGUAAUGAGCAGUCUUUGGGUGUUUUAUUAGUUACAGGCCAGAAAGAGAACAAAGAGACAUGGACUGCUUUGCCUGUGUCCUCUCUGUCCUGUCUUUGUCAGACAGGGACUGGGAUGGACAUGGUGGAGAUGGUACUACUGUAGCAUUUCGGUCUUUUUUUUUUCCCCAUUCAUGUUUAUACACUCAUGUACACUUACAGGCUCGUGUGUAUGGACCUACAUGUGGCUGGAGUCUGGUGUGUAUGAACGUAAAAACAUGUCUAUCCCGGAUUAACGUAAACUCUAUCUCUGAAGGAUCACGUCUCUGCCGUGUACAGCAUAUUUAUUUAUUUAUUUAACUGUCCUUUAUUCACCCCUGGGAGGUUUUACAUAGAGUGGACAUGCUCUGUUUCUUUCAGCAGAUUCCCGCAUGACAGCCAUUCACGUACACACAUUAUAUUCCCGAGCAUAAAGGAGCUUAGCUGCCAAGUGGAGAAAGUGGUUGCAAAUGUUGACCUAAGCUUCUCCACCAGAGAAACUGGACGGUGAGUGCCUUACUCAAGGGCACCUCGACACGUGCUGUUGAGGGUUUGAAAGUCUCACUUUUCACACGUCUGCUUCUGUGAAUUUUGAGCCGCCGCUACUCCAAAUACUGACACAGCAAAAAAAAAAAAUAUAUAACAGUAUGUGUCUGAAUGGAAGCACUGUGCCAUUUCUUUCCUCAAACUACUCUUCUUACCGCGUCCUGACUGGGUGCACCACUACGUAACAUGUGGUUGGGUAUGCGGUAUAUGAAGAGAGUAGUAAAGGACAGAAGAGGAAAGUGUGGGUGGAAGGUCUACAGUCUGACUGUGUGUGUGUGUGUGAGAGUGAGCGAAUGUGUUAGUGCUUGCUUUUUAAAGUGGUUCAAGUUGACAUGUUGAAGGUGUAUGCAGCAGGGAGAUAAAUAUUGCAGGGUCAUGUCUGUAUGAAGAAUUGUUCUGCUUAAUAAGACUGCCAUCAAAGCCAGACGUGCAUCUUUCAAAAGCGUCCUCCGUACAAAGGCAGCAUCAUCUUGGUGAGGAAAGCUGUACGUUCACAUCUUAUGUCAGAAAAUUUUAACAAACUCACCAUUGCUCUUAAUUUGUAACACGCUCCAUGGACCUAUUGUUAAUUGUUUUGCAUUAUAUCGAGUAUUUAUGUGUGUAUUUCCUUCACUGCAGUCAUUCCCAUCAGAUGGAGAUGUUUUGAGAAAGCAGGUCCUGGUCUAUCUAAGGCAGAGACAGGCUGAUUGGAGGGUGAAGCAGCAGGACUGCUCGGGAUUAGAGAACUGAAGUCAAGAAACUUGUCAGGGAGAGAGGAACAGCAGCAAAACAACUCCACAUGGGUGAGAAGGAGGAGGCAGAGAGCCUUGUUUUCUAAGAAGAGGAGGCUGGUUAGGUUUUCUGAGUAAGACCAUCCCUGCCAACAAAGAACAGGCAGCACACAUUUGUCCAGGCAGAGGAAGACAAUAUGUUAAAGCCUGUUUCUCAAUGAAGGAGGACUUGUUUUAAUAUUCUGAGGUUGGCAGCACCUUAAUUGAUCCGUAUCCACCCAAACACACACACACCCACUUUCUGCAUAACUUGUUUGUGACACAACUGUAGAUGAGUGAGUUCAGUGCCCCCUCACACAGCCUCGAUGUGGCACAGACACAUGUUGACAUGACCAGAGCUGUGCAGCAACAGUAGGAAUAAUCGUAUCUUUGGCUUUGGACACAGUGCUUCUGCUGCUUUUGUGUAUCACAUUAAUAGUGACUGAUGGGAUCUGAGAUUCUUUAGAGACUUGGCUGGAAACCUGGAAUCACAGCUGGAAUCCUGGAACUGGAUCCUUGUACAGACCAAAAUGCUGAAACAGAGCUGAGUUUUGAGUGAAAAAGUACUCUUUUUAUAACGCUGUAUUGAUAAGUGAAAACUGCUUUCUUACAGGGAGACUUAUAGACCCGUAUAGUCACUUUGCCUGUCGUGCUAACCAUUGUUUCCCCGAUGUUCUAGGGUAGGCCUGUGCUGUAAUAUAGGAUUGUAGGAUUGUGACAAAAAACAUUUGUUGAUUGUUAUGUUUUAUUUAAAAAAAAGAAGACAACUUCGGCACUUUGAUGUCAGCAGUGGAUCUUUUUGUUUGUUUCAUUUGUAUAUCUGAACUGUUUUUGACAGGAUGCUUAUACUAUGUAAAGGACAUAUUUACUGAAUAUUUAGUCUGUGCUUCAUAAAGUAAGCUUUUAUACA